UGUUGGAUCACUCGUGAAACGGGCAACUCAUCGACAACAGAAAGCUUUAAUAUUGAAUGAAAAAUGGCCCAUUCGCUAGUGACGAUGCUGACGCUUUCCGUGUUUUGCCUUUGGCUUGUAUCAGUCGCAGGAACGCCCGUUUUAUUUCCCAUCAAUGAACGCUCGGACAAUUUCCAACCUGGACCUCCACUCACUUACGAAGAACUCAAAAGCGACAUCUCCAGCAAAGCGGACAAAACCAACAGCGAUCUUUUUAUUCCGUGGGACAAGCAACACCCUGGGCUCGUUGAGGGCGACAUCAUGGCGACGGAUAAGAAAAACGCCAUCAUCAAUCCAGGCGGACUUUGGCCCAACAAAAUCAUUCCUUACGUCAUCGAUUCAACUUACACAACCGAACAGCGAAAUAUCAUAGCGUCCGCCAUGGACGCCUACCACACCAAAACUUGCAUCCGCUUCGUUCCGCGAACGACCGAAACCAAUUACAUCAGAAUCUUCAAGAGUGGAGGAGGUUGCUGGAGCUACAUUGGGUUGCUGAACCGUGGCGUCCAAGAAGUAAGUCUCGACGACGGAUGUGUCGUAAGUUGGGCGCCCGGAGUCGUCAUACACGAGUUUAUGCACACCGCCGGAUUUUGGCACGAGCACAUGCGUCCAGAUCGCGACACCUACGUGUCCAUCAAUGUGAACAAUGUUUUGCCUCAAUACAGAGGCAACUUCGAUAGGCUUUCAACGACGUAUGUCACCACUCUCGGACUUUCUUACGAUUACGGUUCUGUCAUGCAUUACCCGAGGAAUGCCUUCGCUAUAGAUAACAACAUUGCCGUCAUCACGCCGCUGAUUGGAAACCCUACCAUAGGUCAAACAACAGGAUUUAGUGACUUGGACGUGCAGAAACUCAACAAGUUGUACAGCUGCUCAACAUCCCCCUGUUCAGGAUAAAAGAAAUCGACCGGCAAAAUGACGCAAAAAUCCGAAUCAAGUCGUCGUCUGUUUGAAACUUUUCAAACGAAAAAUAUUUUUUACCGUUUUUGCUUUAUUAUUUUGGUGGCAAGGGUUGGAACUGGAGAGCCGGUGAUAGAUUGCUUGUAACAUUUUAUCAAUUUUUCAAUACAUUGCUGUUGCGAAAAU